AUGCAAGUUUUGACGCUCUCAACCAUUUCUGUUGUUGUAGUGAUUCUUUUAUACUCACCGGUAGCAUCAUCAGAAAAUAUUCAACCAGCUGCGAAGAUAUCCAGAAGAUAUAUUCAUGAGUCACCAAGUUAUUCAAAUUUGUUAUCACUUUUGAAAAGCCGAGAAAGACAAUUCAAUCAACGAGAAGAUAUCGGCGAAGUCAACGACGAAAACGACGAGACCGGCGACGAAAAUAAUGAACUUGGCGACGAAAACAAUGAACUUGGCGACGAAAUCAACGAACUUGGUGACAAAAUCACCAACGGAAAACGUAAACUCCCGGAUGAUUUAUUGAGGGGAAAAGAAGCAACCUUUCAACGGUUUUUUCUUUCCCCCGUCGACCGCGCUAGUCGUCGAACUCGACCAUCAUACGGUUAUGGAAAAAAGCCUCAUUGGGAUACAUUUUUUGGAAAAAAAUAA